AUGAACCACAAUAUGAAAGACCAGGCGUUGUCGCUGGGCAUUCACCGAACGGGAAGCCGGCUCGGUGAGCUUCUUGUAGCCGAUACACUUGUUGCAGCGGGUUCAUCCGCCCUCAUCACCCCGGCCGUGAUGAUCUUUGACAGACUUGUUGUCGAGAAGUCCUUUUACAACCAGCCCAUGUUGCCCGCCUUUCGCCGACAUCUGUGGUUCUCCCUUACACAGCCUGCCACCUUUAUAACGUCUCGACCCAGCCUGCUCGUCUGGUCCCUCUAUACCGCCACGUUUGCUACCGCCAAUAUGUCAGAGACCCUGCUGAGCAAGGUCUACCCCAAGAUCGACCAUGCGAUUGCCGGCAUGACCACUUUCGCCGCCACCUUCGUGGUAAACUCCUCCGUCGGCAUCUGGAAAGACGUGAGAUUCGCCCAGCUCUUCGGUCACAAGAAUAACGCCUCUCCCUCUUCACCACCGACCCCGUCCCCGUCGGGAUCAGGAUCAACCUUAGCAUCUCCAUCCACAUCCACAUCCAACACCCCUCCCAAAGCCGACACCUCUCUCCCCAAAACCGCCCGUUCCAUCGGCCGCACCCGCAUGCCCCUCGCCACAUACUCCGCCUUCCUCCUGCGCGACGGCCUCACCAUCUUCGGCUCCUUCAGCCUCCCUGCCAUGCUCUCCACCGCCAUCCCCGACUCCAUCGCCUCCCAAGAAUACCUCAAGAUCCUGAUUGCCCAACUCGCCAUCCCAGCCUCCAUUCAACUGAUCAGCACACCGAUUCACCUCUUCGGCCUCGACCUCUACAACCGGCCGCAGGUCAUGCCAACCAAAGAACGCAUCAGCCGCAUCAGCCGCGACUGGAUUGGCGCCUCGCUCCUGCGCAUGUGCCGCAUCAUUCCCGCUUUUGGCAUCGGCGGCUUCCUCAAUACCGAGGGCCGUCUUUAUCUGCAUGACCAGUUAGACGCGGGGCGCCAACCGUCCUGA